UGGUUUGUGUAGAAAUUUACGUGAUAUGUGCGAGUCUGAUAAAUUUCGACAUUUUACGAUGUUUGUUAGGUAGAUCCUUUAAGACUGAGAAAGAAAUUAUGAGAAAAACGAUAUGGUAUACAUGUCAAGUUCUAAAAUCAUUUUGUUGAUAAUUAGCAAAUAAAAGCUACUUCAGGACCAUCGUAAGCUCACCUGUCAGGUUAAUUGACCCGUGUCGUUGAAGGUACGACGGAAGGCCACGUAGAGUUGAUUAAACUCUGGUGACAAGUUCGAGUACAAUAUUGGUCGCAGGCGGUUGGAAACUCUAAUCAAGUCUCUUGAAAAUUAAUAAAACAAUCUGGGCGUACUAGACUGUAUGUGGGUCGCGGCAGCUAUACCUUCUUUGGUGGGAAAGUUGGAGGACCCAACCAGCGUGUUGUUAUAUCCUGCUGAGCGACAAGCAACGAACAAUCGCUGUCGGCCUGUGAGGCGAGGAUGAAGCGACUCAGGCUUUGGUGUGUUGUCCUGGUUACGGUUUGUGUUUCUUACGCCUCUAAUUCUGGCGGUCAUUCAUAUAGAACUCAAAGAAGAUGGCCAGAAAGGCGAGUGAAUGGUCGAAGAUUGCAAGUAAUAGAUGAAGGAAGAACAUAUCCUCAUGCCUGCAAUGAGUCAAGCUGCUAUCCAGCAGUAGGGAAUCUGUUGAUUGGUCGGCAAAAGUACCUGUGGGCUUCUUCAACAUGUGGACAGCAGAAAAAGGAACAGUUCUGUAUUGUUAGUCAUUUGAAGGAAAGAAAAAAAUGUUUUGUUUGUGACUCACAGGAUCUUCAAAGGUCUCAUGAAAUUGAAAAUAUCGUAUCAAGGAUUGGAGGUAAUCGUUUGAAGUGGUGGCAGGCAGAAAAUGGGAAAGAAAAUGUUACAAUCCAGCUGGAUCUGGAGGCAGAAUUUCAUUUCACUCAUCUCAUCAUCACCUUUAAAACAUUUAGACCUGCUGCCAUGCUUAUUGAAAGGUCUUAUGAUUUUGGAAGAACUUGGAAAGUGUACCAGUAUUUUGCCUACAGCUGUGCAGAUUCCUUCCCAGGAAUACCAAAUAAGCCAAGAGAGAGGGUGACAGAUGUGGUCUGUGAUUCUCGCUACUCUGGAGUUGAGCCAUCCACAGAGGGAGAGGUCAUAUUCAGGGUUCUUCCUCCUAAUAUUGAAGUGGAUGACCCUUACAGUUCUGAAAUUCAGGAUCUUUUGAAAAUUACAAAUCUUCGCAUUAACUUUACCAAGCUUCACACUUUGGGAGACAACCUUUUGGACCAAAGCAAACAAAUUAAAAUGAAAUAUUACUAUGCUGUUUAUGAAAUGGUUGUAAGAGGAAGCUGCUCGUGUUAUGGCCAUGCUAAUCAAUGUGUAGGAGAACUUGGACAGCCUACAGGGCCAGAUAUGGUGUAUGGAAAAUGCCUUUGUACCCACCAUACAAAAGGAAUGAAUUGUGAACAGUGUGAAGAUAUGUAUAAUGAUAAACCAUGGAAACCUGCAAUUGGCAAACAGACUAAUGCAUGUGAAAAGUGUAAUUGCAAUGGACAUGCCACUAGAUGUCAUUUUGACCCAGCAGUGUGGGAAUCAAGUGGAAGAGUGAGUGGAGGUGUGUGUGACAACUGCCAGCAUUAUACAAUGGGUCAGAACUGUGAACAGUGCAGACCUUUUUAUUUCCGUGACUCAAGGCUUGAUAUAACGCAUCCAGAUGUCUGCCAACCAUGUGACUGUGAUCCUUAUGGCACCUUAGGAAAAGGUAUCUGUGAACCUCAUAAUGACUCAAUCAUGGGGACUGUAGCAGGAGUUUGUCACUGUAAAAAGAAUGUUGAAGGAAGAAGAUGUGAUCACUGCAAGAAAGGGUUUUGGAACUUCAGACCAGACAAUCCUGAUGGUUGUGAACCAUGCAGUUGCAAUCUUUUGGGAAUUACUGAAAAACAGGGAUGUAAUCAGUUUACUGGAGAGUGUACCUGUAAAAGGAAUGUUGCUGGAAGAGAUUGUAAUCAGUGUUUGACAGAAUUCUGGGGACUUAGUAUUGAUGAAGUAGGCUGUAAACCAUGUGAUUGUGACUCAGGUGGUGCAUAUGAUCACAAUUGUGAUGUGGUAAAUGGCCAGUGUCGCUGCCGACCCCAUGUCGUUGAACGUCGUUGUGACCAACCUGAAUCAGGCUAUUUCGUUGGCAACUUAGACUACUUGACAUACGAAGCUGAACUCACAAGAGGUUGUCAAAACUGCCAGGUAAUCGUCAGAGAACCAAAACCUGAUAGAAAAUCAACAUGGACUGGCCUUGGUUUCAUGAGGGUGUACGAAGGUUCCAACCUUAAAUUUAACAUCAGUGAUAUUCCACAAACCCUGGAGUAUGGUAUUAUUAUUCGUUAUGAACACCAGCUUCCAAAGGAUUGGAAAAAGGUUAUAGUCAGCAUUAAGAGACUAGAUCCUAUUGAACAGUCAGGGCCUUGUGCUCAUACUAAACCAUCUAAUGACAAGAAGAUAAUCCGUUUAUCCUCAGGAGAAACACAUGUCCUAGUACCUCCAUCAGUUUGCUUAGAGAAAGGAAAAAUGUACACAAUUCGUCUUAAGUUUAAGUACUACAAUAGACAAAAAUUCAACCCUCAAGCAUUUGUGUAUAUUGAUUCUAUUGUUCUUAUUCCUCAAAUUGACAGGAUUCCAUUUUUCCAAAAAAUAUUUGGCAGUGAAAGAAAUCGUGACGAAUUUAAAAGGCUCCAUUGUGAUGAGAUUUUAUUUUCUGUUUCUCAAAGGAAACUACCAGACGUUUGCAAAAAAUUCCUGUAUAGCAUUGGCUUCUAUGUAUUUGAUGGAGGUUUAAAGUGUGGUUGCAAUCUCAUUGGAUCAUUCAGUGAACAAUGUGAUCAGUUAGGAGGUCAGUGUCAGUGUAAGACUAAUGUUGUUGGAAGACGAUGUGAUCGGUGUACUCCUGGAACAUAUGGUCUUGAUCAAAAAGGAUGUAAAUCAUGUAACUGUCAUAGUGAAGGCUCCUUGGACAAUUUUUGUAACAUAGAGACUGGUCAAUGUCGAUGCCGUGGUAGUGCUUAUGGUCAGCAUUGUGAUAAAUGUCCUCGUGGGUUCUGGAACUUUCCAAACUGUGAAGUGUGCAACUGUAAUGACCAUGCAGAUGCUUGUGACCUUACAAAUGGACACUGUCUAAACUGUAGAAAUUUCACUACAGGACCAAACUGUGAUAGAUGCAUAACUGGUUACUAUGGUGACCCCAGGAUUGGAGUACAGAUUUCUUGCCGUCCUUGUUCCUGCCCUCAUAGUAAAUUCAGUCAUGCUCGAGACUGUGAACUAGAUAGAGAAAAUAAAAAUGUCAUCUGCCAUUGUGAGGAGGGAUACAAAGGUGAAAAGUGUGAAGAAUGUGCUGAUAAUUUCUAUGGAAAUCCAUCUGUACCUGGUGAAAAGUGUCAUAGAUGCAAAUGUAAUGACAACAUUGAUGUUACUGUACCAGGAAGUUGUGAUCCAUUAACGGGAGAGUGUCUUCUAUGCAUUUUCAACACUGAAGGUCCAAGUUGUGAAUACUGUAAACAUGGUUAUUAUGGAAAUGCCACACAACAUAAUUGUCAAAUGUGUGUGUGUAGUACUCUGGGAACUGAUCCAAAUGCUAAACAAUGCAAUGAAACAACUGGCCAGUGUACCUGCUUGCCAAAUGUCAUUGGUAAAACAUGUGACCAGUGUGCAGUUGGUUUUUGGAACUUUAGCAGUGGUGAAGGCUGUAAACCAUGUGAUUGUGACCCACAGGGAUCAUUGUCAAAUGACUGCAAUGUGUUUGAUGGUUGGUGUCAUUGUAAAGAAGGAUAUGGAGGGAGAACCUGUGCUGAUUGUAAAGAUAAUUAUUGGGGUGAUCCAAAGACUAAGUGUAUUCCCUGUGAUUGUGAUUUUGAGGGAGUUGCCACUUUGCAGUGUAGAAGAAAUGAUGGAACAUGCUUCUGUAAGAAGGGAAUUGUGGGAAGGUACUGCGAUCAAUGUGCACGAGGAUACACAGGAAAAGCUCCAGAGUGUGAACACUGUGGAGAGUGCUUUGAACAGUGGGAAUGUAAGAUAAAGGAUUUGAAAAAUCAGGCAUUGACCUUAAUUGAAAAGUUUAAGGAAGUGAAUAACACAGGAACAACAGGUGUUUACACUGAGGAAUUUGAAGAGAUGCAGAAGAAACUAGAUGAAAUUCAGAAGAUUUUAGCAUCACAAAAUGUUACAAGAUUUGACACUAGUGAAUUUCAAAUCACAUUACAAUUUCUAAGCCUCAAUAUGACAACCAACGAAGCUCUAUUAGAAAAUGUAGAUUCUGAAAUAAAUGGCACAUUGCAGAGAAUAAGUGAUGCUACACACGCUUUAAAUGACUUAAGAGGACGAGCUGGUAUUCUGGAACUGAAUGCAAGCAUUUUAGAAUACAAUGCUACAAAGUUGCAGGAAGCUGUUGUUGAAGGAGCUUUAAAUAUCACUAAAAAAGCUCAGAAAAGCUCUGAUUUAUCAGAGAUCCAAGCCAAGGCUGCUCACAAUAUCCUUGAUGAAUCUGCUGAGUGGAGGAACAAAACUGAAGAAUUGUUUAGGCAGAAAAAAAAAGAUUUUAAUAAAACAUAUGAUGAAAACAAGGCAAUUUUGGAAAAUAUUUCUGACCAAACAUCAGUUAUAGAGUCUGGAGUAGGAGAGAUCAAUAGAUUAGUGUGUGAUGGUGUUGGAACUGUGGAUAAAUGCGACCAUGUAUGUGGUGGUGCAGGAUGUGAUAAAUGUGGAGGAAUCAGCUGUAACAAUGGAGCCAUUACAGUAGCCAAAAAUGCACUUGAUUUAGCAGAAGAAGCUCAACAAAAUAUAGCUCGGAAAAAAGCAGCAGCAAAAAAUCUAUUAACCAAGAUGAAGAACUUGAAAAUGCUUGCAGAUGAAGCAUUGGAUAAAAGCAGAGAAGCUGUUGAACAAACUAGUAAUUUUCAACUUGAAUCAGGAGAUAUUUCAGCAGAAAUGAUGGACUUACUGCUUCAUGUUGAGAAGUUCCUUGAUACUGAGGGACUUCAGUAUGAAAAAAUACAAGAUUUAUCUGAUGAGUGUCUUAACCUAAAAAUGUCUCUUGGUCCAGAAGAAAUUGAAAAACUAGCUCAUGAGAUCAAAGAGAUUGUUAAGAAUUUGACCAAUAUUGAAGAAAUUUUCAACGCUACAUCCCAGAAACAUGAAGAAGUGAAAGAACUUGUUAACAGAGCAGUCAUAAUCAAAAAAAAUGCUGAUGCUGUCUUAAAAGUAGCCAACAAUGUGAAUGUAAACCUUGAAGAAGCUAAAGAAUCACAAGACCGUGCUGAAACAGCCAUUGCUAGAACCAGAGAGUUCAUCUCAAUUGUAGAUAGAGGUCUUAAAGAGAUAGAAAAUCAAACUCAAGAAGCAAAGGCCAUAAGUGAGAAUUCACUCAGGGAACUUGAAAAAUUAGGGAAACAAAGUGGAAAACUCCAAGAAAAGUACUCAGAAAAUAAACGUUCUUUAGAUAAAGCUUUAAAUGAAGCACAAAAUUCCACAAAAUUGGCAGUAAAAGCAGAAGAGGAUGCUCAGCUGUUAGAAAAGAAGUACAAAGAGACAGAGAAUCUGCUGGGUCAGAAAGAAGUAGAAAGUAAUGAUAUAAGAUACCGUACACAAGAACUGAAGGAGAAAGCCAUAAAUCUAGUUGCACUUGCAACAAAAAGAUAUCAUGACUUUAAAGAACUGGAAGCAAACUUCAAUAAGAACAACCAAACAUUAAAUAGAUACAAAGAUAUUCUAGAUGGACUUCUACAAGAAUCGGAAGAAGUUAUUGAGGACAUCAGAAAAAAGAGUACUUUGUACAGAGAGUGCACAUAGCUUCUGUAUGAGAUAAAAGGAUGAAAAUGUUGCUUUAAUAUUCUGAGUUUAUUUGUUCAAAAUCAGGAAAUUGAAAGAUGCAGUUUUGUGAGUUAUGUAGGUAUUGUACAUAAUGAGAGAUGAUAUACUGCUUUUGUUUACCAUAUUUACUUUUUCACUGCCAGAAUAUAACAUUAUAAGUAAUUCAUCUAUUCCUUUACAUGCCUAAGAGAAACCAUAAUAUUGACCUUAAGAAUAUAAAAAUAAUUGACAAAGAUUGUGACACCAAAAAGAGAAAAAAUAAAGAAGCCGUUGUAAUAGCAUCACUUAGAUAAGUGGUCUUCCUACAAGUAUUACCCCAAACAAGAGUUUCCUUUUACACACUUGCUGGUUACCCCUUAUCAAAGAAAUCAAACCAUUCAUUGAGUUUAAUACUGUUAUAAACCUAAAGAAGCAAUUUUCUUUGUCUCAUAUUAUCCUAGCCUACUGUUUUCAGAUAUUAAUAAUAAUAUGGCUCCAUUGUAAUUUUUAAUUUUAUAGUAUUUAUUUUCAGUAUUUAAAUAGUCUUAUUUGUUGUGAAACAAUAGAAGACAGUCUUUGUAAUUAUUGUUGCUAGGCAAUUUGUAUUUCAAUAUGUUCAUUUAGUUGCUUUUACUGAUUGAACAUCCUACACCUGUCAAAGGUUCAGGCAAGUGAAGAGAAAACUAGUGUAAUAAAAGGUUGCGAAAACAAUAUCUAGUUAAGUUCCAUUGUAAUUAAUAAGGAAAGAUAUUUGUUCUUUCAUGCUAUAUUAACCUUUAAACUGAACUAUUUAUGUUUUAGGUUAAAAUAAUUUAAAAUGUCUUGUAUUAUUAUUAUGUUUGAUUAAAGUAUUUUUUCUACUUAAAAAUCAAUUUCUUAAGGCAAUAAUCUGUUGUUUUUUUCUUAGGGAGUAGUUUGUGUUUAAUCAGUACAAAUUUGUAAAAGAGUAACAAAGGUAAAGUAUAAUUUAGUUACAUAGUCUAAAUGUUCACAUAUGUAGAUAUGCUGGUUUUUGUUCUAUUUGUAGGAAGCUUAAGAUCAUAUAUAUUAUGUCCUAGUCCUUGCAGCACAAAAAUAAUGGUAAUUAUGUUUGUUUGUAACAUUAAUGUGCAUAAAUGUAACUGAUAUACAACUGAAUUUUUAACUUUAAUUUUGUUCCUAAACUGAGAGAAGAUAAAUUAUCAUACAGGAUAUAUUAAAGUUAUUCACAUUUUAAAAGGUAAGUCGUAAAUUCUAGGAUAAAUAUGAGAAACAUUACAACUUAAUUUAUGCUUAUAAAAAUUGCAAAAAGGAAAGCUUAUUUUAAUUAACCAGCUGAAGGCACUGCAAAUGUUUUACUUUGUUAUCCAAAAAAGUAUUUUUUUAUCAAUAUGUAGAAUUAAACAUUAACUAUUGUUAUUUUGUGCACAAGAUUUGUUUUUAAGAAUUUGGU